CUUUCGAGAUAUUCAUUUGGGGGCACUGUCGGUCCGUCCUGGCAGACAGCCGUGUACCGGGUCGCCAGUGAUGGUACCUAUUUUUCGGUCUUAUUUCCUGAAAAAAAGAUGGCUGAAUAAACCACCAAUAUGGCUUUAUUGCUAAUAAUAUUGUAACAAUUCAGAUUUUGGAAUGAACACCUGUGAUCAAGAUAGCCAACCAUUGGAUCUUUCGACUCAGCUACGAGAAUGUACGAGAUGAAGUAGCUGCAGAUAGUCGAAGAAGAUAUCGGGGUAAGUGAAGAACUUUCAUUUGGCUUUUUGUAGAGUGAGAACAUGUACUGAGACUUCAUAUUUUUCCAGAAUUUAUAUACUUAGCUAUAGACUAUUUCAUAUUUAUUACCGUAUGUUUAAUAAUUUCUACAGAUUUUCUGUAUUUUUACAAAGGUUCAUAUUAGUUGUAGUUUUUUUAACAAUUGCAUUAUUUCAAAUACUAUUGGAACUGUUUUUAACUGUAAUAUAUGUAAAAAUAGUGAUUAGAAUAGGAAGGCAACUUAAUUUUUGCGGCUCAGUAUAUGUUCUUACAAAUUUGGCUUAUUACAACAGUAAAAUUAUAUAUUAUGGUGAUAUUUUGUUGUUUCCUGGUUCUGAAGUUGUGCCUCUGUAUUCUCUAUGGUUUAUAAUGAUGUUUUGUCCAACUGCAACUUUUCCCAAGUUUUAUUAUAGCUAGGUACAUUUUUACAGUUUUAUGAAUUUUGUGAAUACGGGAAAUAUUUCUUUUAUUUCUUGUAGACUUAUGUGUAGACUUAUGUUGGUUUCCUAUUGCGGUGAAAAAUACGUCUCUAGUUUUAGCAUAGUUUUAGAUAAUUAUUGAUGUUUGACAUUUGCAAGAUUGUCACUGUCAGGUGAUUGUCAGUGUCAGAUUGAUUUUUUUCUGGUUUUUGGUGAAUGCAGCAUAAACCUUUUAAAUAUUUAUAAAUAUUGCUAAUAAUUACUAAAAAUUUUAAUGAAAUUGUUGUUGAUGUGAAGUACUUGCGUCUCCUUGGCUAUGCGGGCAUAGGCUAAGUAUAUUUUUUAGUGUUCUGCAGGGAAUAUUUAUACAAUUUCUAAUUUUCUAUAAAAAUGUCUUUAUUGUUUAUUAUCGUUAUGGAAAAAGGUAAUUUUUGAAAAGUAAACUGCUGGAUUAGCGUAUGCCAAAUUGAUUAGAUAUACAUAUAUUUUUUACUAGAUGUGGAUGUACUGAUAUGGGAAUUAUUUUAAUAUAAUUAAUGAACGAGGCAUAUAAAAUAGUAUUUUUAAAUAAGUUCUUUGAAAUGGAGGAACAAGAUACUAAAAUACCUAAUUUGGACGAUGCUAAUAAUAUAUUAGACAAUGGCUUGGAAUCUAAUAAAACUAAAAUUGAGAAAGACAUUAUACCUGUUAAAGUUAUAAAAAGGUCUACAAGAAGGAGAUUAUCUGAGAACAACAAAAGUAUCUUGCAGAGCGCAAUAGCUAGGAAAGAAAAAUCGUUUAGCGAAUACAGCAAACCAAAUAAGAAAAUUACAAAACAAGUCAAACAAAAAAGUCCUAAUGAGAAGAAACAAGAUUUACUUAAAGCCAAUUUGUCUCCUUCAAAGAAGAUUGAUGUAACAGAUAAACCUAUUUUAAACAAGAAACAGCCUGAAUCAGUUGACACUUUGUUAACCCAAAGUAAAAAUAGUGAAAGUGGUUUGAGAAGGUCACAAAGAACUUUGUCAAGUGACAAAGAUGAGGCAUCUAAUAAAAAUGAAAAUACCAUAGAUAGAGUGCAGGAGUUCUUAAACAGGCACGAAAUAUAUAGUCAAACUUCGAAAUUGUGCUGCUGUCUGGAAAAUAAAGAAGUAUUUUGUGAAUCUGAGAUGGAUUUACAAUUUUGUUCUGCCAUAGAUAGUAUAGGUGAUAAAGUUAUAGGUUGUAGUAGGUUAAUUGAAACUGCCAAUAUGCUUAGGCCAUCUACCAGAAUACACUUUGGUGUAUUGUGUGAAUGCCACAGAUUAAGACUGAAAAAACACAACUGUUGUCCUACUUGUGGUCUAUAUUGUACCCAGGGGGAAUUCAUGGAAUGUGUUAAUAGACAUUACUUUCACAAAGACUGUAUUCUUUCUGUCGAGGAUAAGGAAUUGUGUCCACAUUGCGGUGAUUUUACGCGAAAUAUUGAGGUUAAAAUUACCAUGCACACAUCUAAAAACCCGGUGUUCCUGCCAGUACAAAAAGCUUAUCAUACUUCCGCCAAAAUGAGUUUUGCUAAAAGUCCGUGCGAUUUGGAACGCAGAAAUUCCGAUAGCGAUCUGGAUAUAUCGACGAUUUUAUCGCCAAAUCAACUGGAAAUGUUUACAAAUACUCUGGAUAUAGACAGUUGUAAUGAGUCUAGUUUGAUUGAUGCAAUGGAUGAGGAUAAUCUGGAAAAAGCUGUAGCGAUUUUAGCCAGUGGAAAUGUCGAUUUUAAAACGAGACUGUCCGAUUUUGAUGGUGGGACGUUUUUGCAUGUUGCAGUCUUGAAAAAUACGUUGCGAUUUGUUCAUUUAUUCAUAUCUUUAAAGAUAGAUUUGGAUAUUUUGGAUGAUAAUCAGAAUACGCCCCUAAUGUUGGCAAUAGCAGACCAUAAAAAUGACGUUUUGAAGUAUUUACUAAAGGGAGAAUCUCAACUAACUGUCAAGGGAACAGAUGGCAUGACUGUUUUGCAUUUGGCAGCGAAAUAUGGCAAUUUGGAAGCAUGUAAACUGAUAAUUUGUUCGAGUUUUUGUAUCCAAAACUACAUAAACGUCCAAGACGACGGAGGAUGGACUCCUCUAGUGUGGGCUUGCGAACACGGCCACAUAGACGUCGUCAAAUAUCUGGUUUUAAGAGGAGCCGAUGUGAAUAUUAGGGACGUCGAACAUAAUGUAGCGCUGCACUGGACGGCGUUUAGUGGAAACAGCGAAAUAGUGGACGCGCUACUUAAUUUUAAUUCGGACAUAAACGUUUUGAACGUUCACGGAGAUACGCCGCUGCAUAUAAGUGCAAGGGAAGAUAACUAUAAUAUCGUUAUAACGCUGUUGGCUAGAAACGCAGAUGUUUUUAUAAUAAAUAGAAAUAACGAGACGCCACUGGACUGUGCACCAAAAGACGGAAGAUGUUUUCCAGCGAUCGCCCUAAACGUUAAACUCAAAACUAUUCUUCCUGAAGAUCCACGAAAAUUUGUUUUAACCAAUGACAUUUCUAGAGGUAGAGAACCGAAUCCAAUCCAAUGUUACAAUGAUAUAGAUCUAGAAAAAGAGCCAAAGAAUUAUGUGUAUAUUAGAAAAAAUUGCGUGUCUUCCGAUAAUGUUAAGAUUGAUUUAAAAGUGUCCACGUUAAAGUCUUGUAGUUGUGAAGAUAAGUGUGUUACAUCGGAUUGCCAGUGUGCUCAGUUAUCAUUAAAGUGUUGGUAUGAUGAGGAGGAAAGACUGUUACCAGAGUUUAAUUUUUACGAUCCUCCAAUGAUUUUCGAAUGCAACGAUAUGUGCGCUUGUAAUUCGAUUUUGUGUACAAAUAGAUUAGUGCAAAAACCUUUGAAUCAAAGGCUUCAGUUAUUUAGAACCAAAAAUAAAGGGUGGGGUGUGAGAACGUUGAAUCUCAUUAAAAAAGGCGGCUACGUUUGUGAGUAUGUUGGUGAAAUACUCACCGACACUGAAGCUGACCAUAGAGAAGAUGAUAGUUAUUUAUUUGACUUGGAUAACAGGGAAACUGAAUCUUUUUGUAUAGACGCAAAAUUUUACGGAAAUUUCGCCAGGUUCAUUAACCAUUCUUGCGAACCAAAUUUGAACCCAGUCAAAGUUUUCAUUGAUCACCAUGACUUGAAAUUUCCCAGAAUAGCCCUGUUUGCAAAGAGGGAAAUAGCUCAAAUGGAGGAACUAAGCUUCGACUAUGGCGACAAAUUUUGGUUGAUUAAAUACAAAUCGUUUACCUGCGACUGUGGUACGGAAGACUGUCGAUAUUCGGUGGAAAGUAUCGGAAAAACUUUGGAAAAAUAUCAUCUGGUCGAGGAAAAAAUGAUGCAAUAAAAAAUGUACGUUUGAGGGUGUUCAACAAUUUUUAUUUAAACUUGUAUAAACUAAAUAAAUACGAAUUUUAUCGUGGAAAUAUUA